AUGAUAAUUUGGAUUUAUCUUCUUACCUGUCUAUGCGAUAAAUAUUUCUUAAAAGACAUUAAGCGUGAAUUUGUAGUAUUUGAGGAGCAUAUUGAUAUUCUAAAUGAUGGAUUUAAAAAUUAUAAAGAUCAACCAGGUGAGUGGUGGCCAUCGUCGCCUCUUAUGCUUUCUAAAAAUUUUAGAGAAAAAUUUACUAAAGAUGAAGUUGCUCAAAUGAAUAAGCGUUUGGAAGUAUUUAAAAAAAUGAUUAAGAUUAUGGAAACAUUAAAUAUCGAUAGUGUAGAUACAGAAUUUAUUUACAAAAAAUGUGUGUUUUACAGGGGGACCUGUUGUGUAAAAAAUGCAGAACUUUUAAGUCUUGCUGAUGAAUAUGACUUUGCAGAACUUUUGAUAAAAUAUGUAAAAUAA